GAGAGAAAGAAGAAAAAAAAGAAAAAUGAUAGAUAUAUAUUUGCAGAACAGAACCCGAAGCGCAAUCUUCGCCGGCUCCGGAGCUCAGAUCACGAACCACCAGAACGACGAUACGCAGAUACUCUCUAACUUGCUGCGAUCGAACUGUUCACCUCUUAAAGUUCGUCGGAUUACUCUGUUUUUCUGGGCAUCAAUUGGUAGGAAAAGAUGAGCUGCUUUAGCUGCUGUGAGGAAGAUGAAAUUCAGAAAGCAGCUGAGAAUGGAGGCAUCUAUGCAGCAAAAAAUACAACAGGAAAUAAUGGAGGUUAUCAGAAAUCUGAAGCUGCACCAGCAGUCACUCGAGCAGUGAAAAUGCAACCAAUAUUAGUACCUACCAUCCCUGUGGAUGAACUAUCGGAAGUAACAGACAAUUUUGGAAAUGAAGCUUUGAUUGGAGAGGGGUCGUACGGGAGAGUAUACUAUGGUGUACUUAAAAGCGGGCAGCCUGCUGCAAUCAAGAAGUUAGAUACCAGCAAACAGCCUGAUGACGAGUUUUUAGCACAGGUUUCCAUGGUCUCAAGGCUGAAGCAUGAAAAUUUUGUUCAAUUGCUUGGUUAUUGCAUUGAUGGGAAUUCCCGUAUACUAGCUUAUGAGUUCGCAUCUAAUGGAUCACUUCAUGAUAUUCUUCAUGGAAGAAAAGGAGUGAAAGGAGCGCAGCCUGGUCCCGUGCUAUCAUGGGCGCAACGUGUGAAAAUUGCUGUAGGGGCUGCUAGAGGACUUGAGUAUUUGCAUGAAAAGUCUGAUUCCCACAUUAUUCAUCGCGAUAUUAAGUCCAGCAAUGUGCUAAUCUUUGAUGAUGAUGUUGCUAAAAUUGCUGACUUUGAUCUGUCCAAUCAAGCUCCUGAUAUGGCUGCUCGCCUUCAUUCUACACGUGUCCUUGGAACUUUUGGCUAUCAUGCUCCUGAAUAUGCCAUGACUGGUCAAUUGAAUGCCAAGAGCGACGUAUACAGCUUCGGCGUAGUCUUGCUUGAACUUUUGACAGGGAGAAAACCUGUAGAUCCUACGCUGCCACGAGGACAACAAAGUCUCGUUACUUGGGCUACACCAAAACUGAGUGAAGAUAAAGUUAGGCAAUGUGUCGAUGGAAGGCUUGGUGGAGAGUACCCCCCAAAGGCAGUAGCAAAGUUGGCCGCUGUUGCCGCCUUGUGUGUGCAGUACGAGGCAGAUUUCCGGCCAAACAUGAGCAUUGUUGUCAAAGCCCUUCAGCAUCUGUUAAAUGCCCGACCUGGUCCUUCUGGCGACGCAUCAAACUCGUGAGUUCUGUCCAUCUCAUUCACUGUAUCAAUUUUAUGUAUAAGAAAGUAAUUGCAUCUGAAGAAAGUUAGUGAAUUGUUUGGAUAUUUUUAAAUAUAUUCCUAUUCAUCCACGUGUUAUAAGUCAUCUGUAUCAUCAAAUCACGGCUCCCAUGUUGUUUCAUUGUAUUCAAUUCUCUGUUAAAGUUUGUUAGUUUGUGGAAUCUAAUAUGAUUUAGCUGUAAGCAUUGUUAGAGGGAUAAUAUUGUAUAUAAAGACUAUUCUCUUUGGUUAAAGAAUGAUGAAUUUUCACUUCUGCUCUGUUUCCAAAUUCUCUUUA